AUGGCCGAGCUCCAGCGCGUAGCUGGUCUGCAUGCCAGCUCUGUCCAGGAUCCAGAAGGGCCUGGUCCAGAGGGAUUGGCGCUCUUUUUGAUGGAGUAUAGGGCCUCACCUCUCAUGGCGGUGGAGAAUGUGGUAGAGUGGAUGGUUAGGAUCAGAGCGGAGCGGGCUGAUGUGGUCAGUGAGGAAGUCGAAGUCUUGAGCCAAGAGACAUCGUCCGUGACACCAAUCUCAGGCGUUGUUCAGUCUUCCCAGCACACAGCAGAGGAGUUGCCGGAUCAAGAUCAUACAUCAAUGCAGUCAGGUCCAGUUCCCGGGCCGUCGGCUUCCUCCCGACCAGAAACUCCAGGACCCGUCUUGGUCGUCCAUAAUGGACCCACGACUUCCUCAGUUCAAUCCCUCAGCCAUCGUCCCUUCUCAAAGUGCCCAAGCACAUCCGCCACAGACUAUAGGAGCAUCGCAAGAGCAUCUGCGAAAUGGAGACACACACUCAGAGAGACUUCAUUUACGACUUGCACUAUGGACGGUCGAACUGAAAGGACCCCCAAUACCUCACUCCCCGUGUCGGGCCGCCUUAGUGGUCCUACCGAGCUACACUCUCUUGAAACUACUAACACAUCGACAUGUAUAAUUGGUGCGGUAGCCUCGGAUCAAGGCUUGCUCUCCUCAAUCUCCGUCGCAAUCACGCCAACUAGCCCUGAUGCAACGAACAUGGCCUGCCAUUCUCGAAUCUACAAGAAUCGCAGGUGUGGGUCUGGGGAAUCUCCUAAACCAGAUACUGACGGAGAGCCUAUUCUCCCUGUCGACACCGUGUCCUCUGACAGCUUGACUACGGUGGUUCAUGAUAUUACUGUCUCGGCAGAUCUAUCUUCGACUACUGAGUUACAAACACAUCUGGCUUCUUCUGCAUCGUCACUAUGGGGCUCAUCGUCUCCUUUGGCUACGGGUCGUUCAAUUGACGGAGAUUCGGCGUGUACCACUUUUUCAGACCUCGACGAGUCUUUCGAAGAAGGCCCCGAAGCCCCGGUUUUCGAAAUGUUAAGUUGCCCUAUACAUACCUGUUCGAUGGUCGAGUCGUCGUCCUUGCGAGGUCCUCCUUGCGGGGCAGUAGUGCUUUGGUGGCAACAAAGAAGUCAGUCCGACGAGACAAGACAGGCGUAG